GCUGCUCCCAGGCGGCGGUGGCGCAGGCGGUGGGCGCGCUCCGCGGCGGCUGCAGCAGCGACAGGUUUUUCUGUCUGCAGUUUCCCUGCAGGUUGUUGCAUCGGCAGGAGCGACGCCAGGCACAGCGCGCCGGAACAGCUGUACAGUGUCUUUGGACUGAUAGUGCGAGGACCAUUGAUCUGGAAGCCCCCUGCGUUUGGGCAUUCAAACUGAGAGUCCAGAAAACCUGAGCUGUGGUAUCUGCCACCUCACAAAUCUACCAAAAGAUAUCUAUUCUUCAGCUGGGCUCAGAGGCUGAUGUCUUACAUUGUCAACUAAUCCAGGGGACAGUGUGCUUGAACACCACAACCAGAUUCUCCAGCCUUUUCUUUCUAACGUGACACACUCCUUGGGUUUCACUUCGUUGCAGACAAAAGGAACCAAGCAUAGGAACCAUUCAUUGCCACAACCCACCUAAAGAGGAAAAAUUGUAACGGACCAGAAACAUGGCUGACGACAGGAAAGAUGAAGCUAAGGCACCACACUGGACUUCAAGUCAAAUAGCUGAGGCUUCUUCACACAGUCAUUCCCCAGAGAUCAAGGAGCAAAGUGGCACAGGGGAAGGACUGGUCAGAAGUGCCAAUGGAUUUCCAUACAGAGAGGAUGAAGAUGGAGGAUAUGGCGCACGUGGACCACAGAGCUCCUAUUCCAGAACCAAAGAGAAUGGGAUCAAUGGAGAACUAGCAACAGGCGAGAAGGAAACUGCAGAAGAAGUAUCUGCAAGGAUAGUCCAAGUAGUAACAGCUGAAGCUGUGGCAGUCCUGAAAGGUGAACAGGAAAAAGAAGCCCAGCACAAAGAUCAGCCAGCACCAUUACCUUUAGCAGUUGAAGAGACCGCUAACCUGCCUCCUUCCCCACCCCCGUCACCUGCUUCAGAGCAGACUGCAACACUGGAAGAAGAAGAAGAAGAAGAAAAAAAAGAAGAAGAUGAAACAACAGCUAGAGGUCAAGUGACGGAUGAAUCCAAACCUAUGGUUCUUCUUGGUGCAGAGGAAUGUGAGGGAACAUGUGGGCCUGUUGCUGACCCCUUGCAACAAGUAGAGGGCUUCAGGGCCACCCAGCAGGGUUCCAUUCCUGAAGACCAAGUGGCUCGCAAUGGGGAAAGUGAACUUACAAUGGAGGAGGAACCCUUGAAAGCAAAAUUACCUUCCUUGGGUGAGGAAGCCUCGAAGAUGGAAAUCCAUGUCCAGGAAGGGACAGACCUUUUCACGGCUGACCCAUUAGGCACAAAGGGAUCAGAGAAAGGAAGUAAGACUAGUGAACAACCUAUACAUGAUGCCUUAGCACCACAGCCAGCAAAAAGAGAGACUGUAGAAAAAGCAGAACCACAGGGCAAAGAAGGAGAGAAGACGCUUCCAGCUCUGCCACAACAGGCGUUGGAUGCAAGUCUACAAAGGAAAGAAGACAAAUCAGAUUCUGAUUCUGCUGGAGGAUCACUGUCUCUGCAUCAAGAACAAAAGGAUUUGCACAGAGAAAGUGAAACAGAUGAAAAGAAACCUGCCAGCGAAACAGUACCUUUAGAAUCUAAAGAUCAAGUUGAUGGGGGGAAAAGUGACUUUGCUCCUCCUGAAAGAAUAGGUUCUUCCCUGCUUUCAGAAUCAACAGGAGGCAGAACAGAGGUAGUUGAAAGUGCCCUUUCUUCUCAUGCUUUGCCAGCUGUUCUACCUAAAUCCGACACAGAAGAUAGUAACCAACUGAUGCAAAUAUCUACACCUACAGACAUUGCCAAAGACCUUCCAAAAGACCAAAAGAGGGACAAAGAGCAGGUAAAAAACCAGGAAGAAGAAUUUUCAGUGGUGAUUACGCCUGCCUCUCAACCAGUUGUAGUGCAAUCACCCGUCCAGAGUGUUCCUCUUUGGGAGGAAGAGAAGGAUAUGACAGAAGAUGAAAGUGAUGAAGAGGGGUACUCUGUUUCUACUGGACAAAAGCCCAGAGAAUUAGAUGAUAAAAGUUUUGCAGCUCAUGACCAACACACAACUGUUCUGAAUAAAGACAUAAUGGGAGAAGAAAGAGAUUUGAACAAAUCCUUUGAAACUGGUAAAGCAGAGGAGUUGGAGAUUUCUCAUGAUUCAACAGCAUGGACUAUUAAAAAAGAAGAAGAGCACAGCAUGGCAAGCUUCACAGAUAGAUUUGAGCAAGAACUGUUUCCAGAAAAAUUAGAAGAGACCUUAGAUAAAGUUGUAUUGUCUAAAACCAUAGAGGAGCCCCUUACUGAACAAAGUAAAGACUCUCUCGAAGGGAAAGAUUCUGGAAAGGUUAGGAAGGGGGAAGUGCUUUCUGUUGCAGAUUCAGAAAUGCUAAAAAUGCAUCUAGAAGAGGAUAAAUCAGGGAUGUCUACAUAUUUUGAGACGUCUAAUCUUAAGGAGGAUGCUAUCAAGAGUGACAUGCUACAGCAAGGCAGUGAUUACUAUGAACUAAGUGAUACUAAGGAAGAGACCUAUGAUCCUUAUUGUAAAGAUUUCCUUGUAUCUAAAAAAGACACUGAGGAAUAUCAGCCAGAGACCUACCAGCAUUCCAGUAUGCCUGCUCAUGAAAUAGGUUAUAGUAGUCUUGCUCAGGGAUUCCCCAAAGAUGAAUCUAGGGAACCUAGCUCUCCUACAGAACGAAUGUACACUAUUGACCCCAAAGUGUAUGGGGAUAAGAGAGAACUCCACAGCAAAAAUAAAGAUGACCUAACUCUAAGCAGAAGUUUAGGGCUUGGUGGAAGAUCUGCCAUAGAGCAAAGGAGUAUGUCCAUUAAUCUGCCCAUGUCCUGCUUGGACUCUAUAGCACUUGGGUUUAAUUUUGGACGUACGCAUGACCUUUCGCCUCUAGGCUCAGAUAUUCUAGAUAAUGCUAGUGGGGAUGAAGGUGAGGAUUAUUUGCCAGCUACCACCCCAGCAAUAGAAAAAACUCCCCAGUUCCCAUCAGAGAGCAGGGAAGAAGACGAGAAGACUGAGGAGGCAAAACAAAAAGAAGGGGGUGAAAUCCAAGUGGAGCCUCUGUGUGAGUCACCCUUCCUGGCUAAAGAUUAUUACAAAAAUGGGACUGUAAUGGCUCCUGACUUACCUGAAAUGUUAGACUUAGCUGGCACAAGGUCACGACUAGCAUCUGUGAGUACAGAGGCCGAGGCAGCACAAAGGAAGUCGAUUCCUUCGGAGACAGUUGUAGAGGACAGCAGUGCAAUACAUCACCUUAUGAUGGAUGAUAACCACAUGACAUUAAAGGCUGACAGUCAACUGGAAGACUUAGGUUACUGUGUUUUCAACAAAUACACAGUGCCAAUGCCAUCUCCUGUCCAGGACAGUGAAAACUUGACAGGAGAGAGCUGCCCCUUUGAUGAGAAAAUUAGGAGAGGUGUCGUUGCAGAUCUCUCAUUGAUAGAAGUGAAGUUGGCAGCUGCCGAGAGAUCCAAAGAAGAAAAAGAUCCCUCUGUUGAUUCAGCAAUUUUAGGCAAAGACUUUGAGCAAGAGAGGAAAGCUAUUGAUAAACUUGAUACCGUGUUAGAAAAAAGUGAGGAGCACAUGGAUUCUAAGGAAAUAUUGACUUCUGAGGGCACUGAGCAUGAAAAAACAAUGCCUGCUUCAACUCUGGAAAGCACAGAUGAGAAAAAUCUAGUUGGACUGGAAGAGAAAGUAUCUUUGUUAAGCGAGAAAGAGGAAAGUGUUGUCCAUGUUCCUGCAGAGAUAGGUAAAGCAGAGAUCUCCUUCAAACCAGACUAUAACGCUAUAAAGCAUGACCUGGAUUCUGCUGCUCGGCAAGUUGAGCAGGAAUACCAGAGUAAGCUAGGAAUGCAGGUCAGUGAUACUGUUUCAGAGCAGCACACAGAGGAUCAAGAAAAGAUUACAUCCAUAUUGCCCCAAGAACCCAUUGUCUCUGCAAAAGAGGAAACCGCUUCUAUCAAAGAUGCCACCAAGCUGUCUGAAUCUGAAGUUAAAGAAAAGGGGGGUAAGCCUGAUCUGGUGCAUCAAGAAGCAGUUGAUAAAGAAGAAUCGUACGAGUCAAGUGGUGAUAAUGACCAAGCACCAGAGGGCUUGCCUGGAGAAGUGUCCAAACCAUAUGCUGGCAAAACAGAACCAGAAAGUCCAUCUCUGUCAGAAGAAGAGACUGCAUCACAGCUGUUAGUUGAACAACCAGUUGCAGAUGUAUCCAAAGCUGCACAAGAAGAAACAAUUGAAAUUCAAAUGGAGAACAUACCACAGCCUGAGGAAGAUCACGUAGAGUCUCUGGAGUCAGCUGGGCCCCUGAAAACUGAAACUUUACCAUGUGAUUUAAAAUCUGAGGACAUAAGAGAACCUGUGGAAGGAGAAGAACAAGAGAAAGAGAUUAAACAAUUAGAGGAGAUAAAACAAGAAGUUCAGCUAAAAGAAGAGACAGAAGAGAUUAAGCAAGCAGAAGAACAUGAGAAAGAGAGUAAGACAGAAGUAAAACACGAGGACGAGAGAAAAUUGGAAGAUGAGCAUGAGGAAGAGAGUAAACAAAAACAAGAGGAAGAAAUUCGAGAAGAAAUAGAGGAAAAGACUGAGCAGGAACAAAAAGAAUUGCAUAAGCAGGAAGAAGAAGAGAUUGAGAAAGGAGGUGAAGAAAAGGCGUUGGAGAAAACUGUUGAAAAAGAAGUGGAGGUGUGUAAAACUGCACCUGGGGAGAUGCCUGAGCUCAAAGGAGUAAUAGAGUCUGUUGUUACCAUUGAGGAUGACUUCAUUACAGUAGUACAGACAACAGUGGAUGAGGGAGAAACCAGCUCCCAUAGUGUGCGUUUUGCUGAGGCACUGCAGGCUGACACAGGAGAGGAAGGCUUCUACCCUGAAGGAGAAGUGAGCACGGAAGCCGAGAUGGUAGCUGACGUAGAAGAAGAAACAAAGGAAAGCUCUCUUGAAGCUCCUGGCUCACCUGAGAGGGAAGAAGUACCAUGUACUGAUUACAAGACCGAGACCUAUGAUGAUUAUAAAGAUGAAACAACCAUUGAUGACUCGAUCCUGGACACCGACAGCAUUUGGGUGGAUACUCAAGAUGAUGAUAGGAGCAUCAUGACAGAACAGUUAGAGACGGUUCCUAAAGAGGAGAAGGCAGAGAGAGAAUUGCGGAGACCGUCUCUCGAUAAGCAUAAAAAAGAGAAACCUUUAAAAACUGGGAGAGGCAGGAUUUCUACUCCUGAAAGAAAAGUAGCUAAAAAGGAGCCUAGCACAGUCUCCAGAGAUGAAGUGAGAAGGAAAAAAGCUGUGUAUAAGAAAGCUGAACUUGCUAAAAAAGCUGAAGUUCAGGCUCACUCUCCCUCCAGGAAAAUCAUUUUAAAACCUGCUAUGAAACAUGCUAGACCAGCUCAUCACUCCUGUGUUAAGCGGAAGCAGACAGCUGCUGGCGGUGAAACUAACCAGACUCCUGGGGCAUUUAAACAAGCAAAAGAAAAACUUUCAACUUCUUCUUUGUCAAAGAUCCCUGCCUCAAAGGUUAGAGCAAAUUCCUUGCUUCCUCCAAGACCCAGCUCAGCUUGCUCAUUAAGUACCGCUAAAAAAGCUGCUUUGCUCAAUACUGCCAAUUACAUUACACGGCCCUCUUCAGCGGGCCCAAGAGACUGCUUGCCAUGUUCAGAAACAGAUGCACAGGAUGGAGUAACCAAGAGUCCAGAAAAGCGGUCUUCUCUACCAAGACCUUCUUCUAUUAUACCAACUCGGAGGGGCAUGUCAGCAGACAGAGAGCGAGAUGAGAAUUCUUUCUCCUUGAACAGCACCACUUCAUCAGUACGGCGGACCACCAGAUCAGAGCCUAUUCGAAGCCGAACAGGGAAGAGUGGCACGUCAACUCCAACUACACCAGGAUCUACUGCAAUCACUCCUGGGACCCCACCUAGUUAUUCUUCCCGUACUCCAGGCACUCCUGGGACCCCUAGCUAUUCCAGGACCCCUCAUACACCAGGAACUCCCAAAUCAGCUAUCCUGGUUCCCACUGAGAAGAAAGUUGCCAUCAUACGCACACCUCCAAAAUCUCCAGCCACCCCUAAGCAACUACGGCUCAUUAACCAGCCUCUGCCCGAUCUCAAGAAUGUCAGGUCUAAAAUUGGGUCAACGGAGAACAUCAAAUACCAGCCCAAAGGAGGACAGGUUAGGAUUUUAAACAAGAAGAUUGAUUUUAGCGAUGUUCAACCCAGAUGUGGUUCCAAGGAUAACAUCAAACAUUCGGCAGGGGGAGGAAAUGUGCAGAUUGUAACCAAGAAGAUAGACUUGAGCCAUGUGACCUCCAAAUGUGGUUCACUGAAGAAUAUCCGUCAUCGACCAGGUGGGGGACGAGUGAAAAUAGAGAGUGUGAAACUGGAUUUUAAAGAAAAGGCCCAUGCCAAGGUUGGUUCGCUUGAAAAUGCUCACCAUGUACCUGGAGGAGGUCAUGUUAAGAUUGACAGCCAGAAGCUAAACUUCCGGGAGCAUGCUAAGGCUCGUGUGGACCACGGAGCUGAGAUCAUCACACAGUCCCCGGGGAGAUCCAGCGUGGCUUCCCCCCGGAGGCUUAGCAACGUUUCAUCCUCUGGCAGCAUCAACCUGCUCGAAUCUCCUCAGCUUGCUACCCUUGCUGAAGAUGUCACUGCAGCCCUAGCUAAACAGGGCUUAUGAAUUUGCUUCCUUGAGCAGUGUUUGAAGUAAUAAUAAUAUUUAGGCAUGAGCUCUUGCCAGGAAUGGGCUCUGAGCAGGUGUUAACAUUCAUUCUUUACCAUGUCUAAAAUUAAGUCACAUCCCAAGACUGUAGUAACCGUAAAUAAAUAAAUAAAUAAAAACCUGGGGGAAAGAUAUUUAUAGAUGCAGAAAUUGGCCUGAUUUUCCAUUUACAGCAGGAAGGCACUGGCUUUUAUGUGGGUACAAUUGCAGUAUAUUACAUUGGACAAUUCUUGUUGCUCUGCUCUGUCUUGCAUGGAGUACUCUACUAUGGUACAAUGCAUUUUUACCUUUCCUGUGCCUGAAGGCCAUCCACCACUUUUUUGAAGAGCCUUGUUAAAUACCUUGAAUUGCUCAUUUUACAGUUUUGUUGAUGGAUGGAGUUAAGGAACAUCUCCCAUUGUAAUUUAUGAACGGGUUAAAUCAAAGUGGACAGCAGCAGUAUCAGACAGGAAAGCAAAUAAAGAUGUCAAAAGUUUCAAAAGGGUGCACGUGGGUGGGGUUAUUUUAUAUAAAUAGGUAGAAGAAAGACGCAAUUAAGUUAUUAACGUUGUUGAACUUGGAUGAUUAUGUCAGUGUAUAGCUGAUUCCAUAAAUUAUUUAACUAACUGUUAAAGAAAGUAGCUGGUGUGGGGCUGCAGGGGGGCGGAAUCACAUGAACGGUGUUAGGAACUGGCAUUUUUCUUUUUUAAAAGCAGCUACUGAAACUAAGCAAUGGAAUUUUGUCCGAUUAGAAUGUUGGUUAAGCAGCUAGGUUUGUGUCUACACUACUGGUUUCACAUCUUUUCCAUCUGUUUGAUACAGUAUUAUAGAUAUAUAUUUCUCCGUGGCCAUUUGUGAUACGCCCUCACAUACUUGAAUAUUCUACUUCUUUAUUCACAGUAUCUGUGUCUCUUGCACCCUUUGGUGUUGCAAUUUUAGGUAUGUAAAAGUAGAUGUUAGCAGGGUUUUUAAUUUCCCUAUUCAGACUUUAAAAGAUACAAAAAAAAGACAAAGAUCUUUCAGCAUGAAAUUGCUUUUAUGUAACAUCUCAAAACUGUGACCCUGUUUUCGUGCCAGAUGCAAGUCUCUUCUGUGGUACUAGAAGAAUUAUUCUCCCUUCUUUCUCCUGCCUUUUUCAUUCUCGUUUUCUUCACUACAACUGACUUUGUGGUGUCCAGAUUAUUUGUAAACAAAGAGACCUGGUUUCCAGAGAGGUAGUUUCGGAUUCUAGAUUUCGAAAGAUAAACUUUAAAACCAUGGUUGUGUCCUGGCUUAAAAAACAAAAUCCUGCAGUAAAAGUGAAAUUUAAAGUUCUUUAUUUAUUCUUUUGCUAAAGUUGAAAUUCCAAGAAACAGGGACCUUUUAACGGAAGUCAUUCUAUGCCUUCAGUGGCAUGUUUGUGAAGAAGAACGAUGCUUUCUUGAGAGAUGCAUGCAUAAUGCAUGUUUAUUACUGGUAAAAUAAUUAAAUAACUACCCUUUAUAGCAUCACCAAGGUGAUGGAAUGGAUAAAUAAAUCUGCAGAAAGAAUAUGUUGAAUAUAAGACUAUAAAAAGUAUACCCUGAGUGAGUAUAGUAAGACAAAAAUAAAACAAGACAAGACAGAGACAGCUAAACAUUAGAACAACUAGAGUCUACAGGAUUUCCACCACUACCCACAAGGACACGUAACAGAAUAUUGGAAGUGUAUGGUACUAUGACUCAUAAGUGGACAGUAGUCUACUCAUGUUAUAUAUGCUAGCUUUGACUAGAUAAUUAAAUUUCAGCCUGCAGAUUAAUUAUUCUUUUCCUUAAAACCACCUAUAUUACAUUUCCAUGUCCUCAAGCUGAAGCAUACAUGAAUGGUUCAAUAUGAUGGCUUUGUGUGUUGAAUAAAACUUGAAAAGGGCUACCUCUUAAGCAUCUUAAUUUACCUGGUCUGCAUCUAAGACUGAGGGCUAAAUAAUUUUCAAGGAAGGAAAACAUCAAUAGAAGACUAACAAAUUUAUUGUAGCAUAAGCCUUCAUUACAUGCACAGAUCUGCCGAUUAGAGAUACUACUUGUUAGAUGUACAGAUCUGACACUGAAUACCAGAACUGGUUUAUCAUGCUAUGGAAUUCCAUACUAUUAAAUCAAUCUCUAAAUUUGUUUAAAGCUUUCUAAGUGAUGUUGUAAAUGGAUAGGAACAGAUACAUUUUCAGCAUAGUAUACUGUAGAUCUAGUUCCAAUCGUACAGGGUGAAAUAAAGCUUAAAUUCUCUGGCACACAAUGUCUCUUAAAAUCCGUUUCAUAUUAUAAAAUGCCUCAUAUGCAGUUUAUAAUGCAGUGGUAUGGUUAAUAAAAAGGUUAGUUUAGAAUCUAAAGUGUGUCAGGAGGGUUGUUCUGCCCUGUGGUUGCUGUGAUGUUGCUUAGAAUAAUCAUGUGAUGUGCAAAUGCACGCAUUAAGAAGAGCCCAGUGAUUCCCAUAUAGUGGGAGGCCUUGCCACUGCUUCAGGAAGGAAGGGCAAGAAAAGCAAAAGAGCAGCAUUUUUAAUAAAAUGUUGUCACACUGACUCUGUGCUAUGGGUUCUUGCAGAUUUAGCCUCUCUGUGUUUUUAUGUCUUUCUUCCAAUCUUAGAGCAAGAGAGCGCCCAAGGUACUGCUGAACCUCACCUGGACUGAUGCUGAGGGUCAGGCAGUCAGAACAGUGUUUAAUCUGUGACUAUUUUGUAUUCUGCUUUUUUUGGGGAUAUAAACACAUUCUAGAUGGUGAAGUUAUUUAUUGAGUAUACGUGUCCAAAGCCACCGAGUCAUUAAUUCCAUGCUGCAAAUUUAUCCUACUCAUCUGAAAGCUAAGUCCUUGUAAUCGAUCAUCAUCUUUCCAUGGAAGGAAUUGCAGACUUUAACAAAGUCAUAGAAGUUGAAGAGCCAGCAGGAAGACCUCGUUGUAAUGUAAGAAAUGCGUACACUAUGUUACAGGACUCUAGAUUUUGCAGGGAGGUGAGGGUGUGAGGAGCAGAAGCACGUGUCAAGAAAAGAUAACAAAACUUUAACUUCUCAGAUGUAGGUUUCAUUUAAAGACUAAUGGCCUCAUUCAGUGAGAAGAUCUCUUACUCAAGCCACACAGAAAUGAAUGCAAGCCACACAAGACUCCCUAAAGCUGGCUAUUUCAGCAAAGGAAAUUCUGUGCCCCAUUUACUUGUGUGGCAAAUGAAGACGGGAGAGACACAUUCAUUUGUCUGGCAUUUUAAAGCAAACUUACCAAACUUCACAUUUUUGAACCAAUACACAAAACAAGCCAGUUACCUUACAAAAUGUGUCGUCUUUGCCGAUUUGCAAAGAGGUUCUCCACUCCAACCCCCAAGUUGACAUACAUUUAAAAAAAAACAUUCAGGGAGUUCUGGAUAUACCAAACUUCAAAGGCUAGGGAAAUUCUUAAGGUUUUGGACAAACUAAAUUUAAGAUUGAGAAAGGUCAGAGACUGAAACUGAAGAUGACAGUUUUGUCUUUAUUAGUACUAUUAUGUAGUGAGCAGAAUGUUGAAUGAAAAUGUUUAGAACCGACUCAAAUAAUCCCAUCAAAAAUAAAUCAACUUUGGAAGGUAGGACCCCUCUAAUUCUCUCUACCUGUGUAAUAGCUGCUUCUGUGCAAUCCUAGGCAUGAAGAGAUAGGAAAAGAGAUAGGGAAGCCUUUGCCACCAGCACUCGUCUAAGCUGUUAAUUAGAAGAUUCCCCACUGCCUACUAUGACAUUGUGUAUAGAACAUAAGGCAUUAGACACCUAAGAGUGUGCUCAUCUACAGCUGCAAACUUUCCCUUAAUUAAAGCUGUUUGCAAGUAUCUCUGCCUAGUGUGUGUCACCAAAGGAUAAAAAAAUGUGGACUACCAUGUUGUGAUACUUAUACAAAGUGCUCUUCUGUUGUGCGGCACCCCAGAAUCCUUUCCAGAACGCAUCAAGUACAAACUCCCUUUGCAAUGCAGAGGGAAGAGACUGACCUGAGCCAAGCCGGUAGAUUCAUCCCUGAGCUGCCAGGCUGAACACAACCCACCAGAGGCUUGACAGGUCUACUGGUUUUGCUGCCUCCAGCUAAAUAAGGAAAGAGGAAAGCAUGGUUGUAGAGCUCCCAGAAGGGGGCAGUCUUUUGGCUGGUCAGCUUAAUUUGUUCACAAUUACUGAGGACUAGUCAAGUACUGUACCUGUAUUGUGUUAGCUCUUGCUCACUACUAACUCAACUCUCCCUCCCCCAACUGAGAAAAUCCAUUUAAAAAUAGGAUAAUUAUUUUGCAGAUCCAGUAAGGACAGGCCUAGCAACCAUUUCAACUUUAGCAAAGAGAAAUAUAUCAUCUUGAGUGUGCUGGGAUUUCCCCCACCCCUUUCCUUUCCUUUUUUAAAGAACACAAUUGGUCAUUACAAAGCCUGUGCGGUUAUUUCUUUUCUUGAUGAUUCUAGAGCCUGUUAUCACGAAAGAGGCAUUUCUUGAAUGGCUGGUGGUAGGUAGUUCAUGUUUUACAAUCCAAUUUGCAAUUGUAUUUGUUGCUGUAUAGUGUUUGUUUUGCAAAAAUAAAAUCGCUUGUCAUCCAACUA